AUGACGUGUAUUGAGGGACUGUGUGACCAUAGCAUGUUUAUGGUGGUAUGCAUUGCAGACUGUGCCCUUGUACAUCUGUUUGCUUUCUCAGAGAAGAAAAGAUAUAGCCCUGCUAUUUCAGAUCUUUCACAGACCCUCAAAUCUCAAGAUAAAUCAGCUUUAGCAAGUUCAAAUGAAAUUUCAGUUGAUAAAAGCCUAUUCCAGAUAUCUCCAUCAGACACCCAUGAUAAGUCAUUAACAACAGUAUCAUUGAGCAAAGAAAGUCAAGAUUCCCUCUCUGCUGGAACAUUGCCUCAGAGGAAAAAAUCAGCUGCAUCGUUGAUUUCACUUCCUGUGCUUACUGAGGAUAACUCAAAGGCUGAUGCAUCAAAAGAGAAAUUACAAAGGAAGACUGAAAAUGAAACUUACCCAACAGCAGAAAAGUUUCAAGUAUCAGAUGAAAAUGAAGAUCUUACACUUGAGGACAAAGACUUGUUAUCAGCAGUCCAAAUACAAAAAACAGAAAAGAAUAUUUCCAAAGUAGAGCAUCAUAGAGCUGUAACCAGUGUGCCACCUGAAGACACAAUUUUAAUUUUAAGAACAGGCUCUAAAACUCAAAAUCUUGAAGUUUUUGAAAAUGAGAAUGUACUUGCUCAGAAUGAAGAAUCAGAGAACAAUUUUAUGCUUGAACAUCAAGAUUUAGAAGCAGAAAUGAAAGUAAAAGAACAAAAAACUUCGGAAACAGAAAGUCUUACUAUUCCUGAUAAAUUAUCAGAUGAAAAUCUUGUACCUGAACUUCAGGAAUCAAUAUCAAAAACAAAAGUGCUAGAAAGUAAACAAGAUACUUCUAGAGAGGAAACACUCACUUCUUCUGAUGAGGAAUCAGGUGAAAUUGUUGUCCUUGAACAUCAAGAAUCGACAUUAAAAUCAGAAAUACAAGCUACUGAGAAACAGAAAACUCCCAAAAAGGAAAGACACACUUCUCAGGAUGAAGAACCAGACAAAACUCCUAUUCGUGAACAUCAGGAUGCAGCACCAGAACUCAGAAUGCAAGUAAGGAAACAUAAAACUUCCAAAGGAGAAAGACAGAGUAUUCAGGAUGAAGAACCAGACAAAACUUCUAUGCUUGAACAUCAAGAUGCAGCUUCAAAACUCGGAAUGCAAGUAAGGAAACAAAGAGCUUCCAAAGAAAAAAGAUAUAGUAUUCAGGAUGAAGGAGCAGACAAAACGCCUAAGCGUGAACAUCAAGAUGCAGAGUCAAAACUUGGAAUGCAAGUAAAGAAACAAAAAACAUCCAAAGAAAAAAGACACAGUACUCAGGAUGAAGAAGCAGACAAAACUUCUAUGCUUGAACAUCAAGAUGCAGAGUCUAAAGUCGGAAUGCAAGUAAAGAAACAAAAAAAGUCGGAAUGCAAGUAA